CAGUGAAUAAUCUUUCGUAAUUUUAUCUCUUAACGUUAUUGUCACGCGAUAUUACGGUACCUCGAGCCAGUAGUUUGUUUAGUUUUUUUUACUUUGUAGUAAUACAGAGAAACAAAUAGCUGUAAUUUACACGACUCGUGUUUGUGCUGUGAGUGAAUGACUGUUUUUUUGCUCUAGUGUAAUACAUAACACCUCGAGAUUUUAUUUAUUUAUUUAUUUUUUUUUAUCCUUUUCUCAUUCUCAGUUUGAAGUUUGAACAUUUUUGUGGGAUAAAAAUUGUCGCGAGUUUCAAGUGAUCCUGAGGAGGAGGCGACCACUUUGAGAUGCACGCGCGGUCUGCGGUCGCCGUAUCUCCAUCCAAGAUGCAGCUCAAUUUGUGGCUGACUACUCGCUUGCUCGUACUACUGAUUGUCGUUUCUAUAACAGGAGCACACAAACACUCUCGACGUCAUCGGGACUCAUUAAUUACUCCAACUGAUCCAACAUCGACCACAACAAAUAAAAGCUUCAUUGAAAAUUUUCAUGAUACUUAUCAAGCAUCUCCGACCUCAGUUUUAAUUGAAGAGAAAACUCUCAAACGCGAUCCAUGCCUUGAUAAAUACUGCGGCGCCGGAAGGAAAUGCCGACUCUCACCUGAUGGAGGUGUUGCUUUGUGUGUUUGUAUUAAAAAAUGUGGUAUACGACACAGGCCUGUUUGCGGAAGUGAUGGAAAAGUUUAUGCAAAUCACUGCGAACUCCAUCGGGCUGCUUGUAAUAAAGGAACUCCACUUACUGUCAGCAGAUUGAUGCGAUGUUUACAUCAAGAGGAUCAUCGAGAAACUCCGAAGGCUCUGCCAGUGGGCGAAGCUACUGCACCGACAUUGGGACUAAAAAAUGGAAUAAAUCAUCAGGAUGAUGUUAGAGAUAAUCUUGUAGACAUUGACGCCAAUGAUCUUAAUGACUGUUCAGCUCAAGAAUAUGAAAUAAUGAAGGACAACCUUUUGCUGUAUAAUCAUGCACGAUUGAUGACUCAAGACAAUCACAGCAAAGAAUAUUUAGUCAGUAUAAUGUUCUCACAUUAUGAUCAGAAUAAUAAUGGUAAUUUGGAGCGGGAGGAAUUGGAGCAGAUUGCCGAACGUGAAGACUUGGAGCAGCUGAGCAAGGGAUGCUCUUUGGGACAUAUGAUCAGUUAUGACGAUGCCGAUAAAGAUGGACGACUUAACAUCAAUGAAUUUUACAUGGCUUUUAGCAAGCUCUAUAGUGUGUCAGUUGUUUCUCUCGACAAAUCGCUCGAGAUCAAUCACAUUUCAGCACGCGUUGGUGAUAACGUCGAGAUAAAAUGCGAUGUUACAGGCACGCCACCGCCACCCCUUGUUUGGAGGCGUAACGAAGCCGACCUGGAAGCGCUAUCGGAGCCUGAGAUUCGUGUAUUCAAUGACGGCAGCUUGUAUCUGACUCGUGUUCAAUUACUCCAUGCAGGAAAUUAUACUUGUCAUGCUUUAAGGAAUAAAGAUGUUGUUCAAACUCAUGUACUAACAGUACACACAAUACCUGAAGUAAGAGUGACACCGAGAUUACAAUCAAAACGUCCUGGAGAAGAAGCGACAAUGUCUUGUCACGUUGUUGGAGAGCCUUUGCCACGAGUUGAGUGGCUAAAAAACGACGAAUCGCUUCAUGAAGAAGACAAGUACGAAGUUGUUGGCAAUGGAACAAAACUUAUUGUCAGAAAUAUUGGAUACGCUGACACUGGAGCUUAUAUGUGUCAAGCUACAAGUAUUGGUGGACUUACUCGCGAUAUCAGCAGCUUGGUUAUUCAAGAACAACCGACACCAACAGCGGCUAAUGAAGAACGGAGGUUCUUUUCGUUCCACGAAUGGGGUAUAUCCGUUUACGAGCCGUCUGCUUGUCGACUUUAUCAUCAAAUUCAUUCCACUGAUAUUAUACCUGGAACACAGGAGUAUGUUUGUGGAGAAAAGGAUAUACCAUGUAGCUGGGGGCGUGCUAUCAACGUUGCUAAUCGUUAUGUUUACGUAACACAGCCUGAGAAAGAUAGAAUUUUAGUUAUCAGCAAAAUUCAGAUGGUCGUUGUUGAUGUUGUAGCAACAGACAAAUAUCCAGUAGAGCUCCAAUAUGUACCGGCACUAGAUCAAGUUUGGGUACUGAAUUGGCGAAGCGAGCGUAACAUCGGUAUAAAAACAAUUCAAGUAAUCAGAGAUGCAGCCCAAAAAAGAAAACAUCACACAGUACAUCCGGAACCUAUUGAUGGACAGUUUGAUCUAGUUCGCGGUCUCUAUAUUCCCUUUCUCCAGGAUAUCGGUCACAUGUUUAAAUACGGAUAUGUCACUCAUACUAAUCAACGGGGCAUGUACAAGCUUGAUCUAGCAAACAUGCGGUACACCAGAAGCGCCGAUCUCGCACCAUACAAUUGCGUCCCCGCCCACAUUCAAUUUCCAGCCUUGUAUGGAUUUGUGAUAUUACAAUGCGAGGAACCAAUUACUGGUAAAGCAACGGGCCAACUUCUAUUAGAUUACUUGACGGAUACGGUUUUGUCUCACAAGCCAGGACUUAUCGGGAAACCCAUGGUAUCACCAGAUUCACGUCACGUUGUCACGUUGGACAAACAAGCCAGUGGAGUUAUACUUGUUGUCCAAGAAAUACUACCAAAUGGUUUGAAAUUUUCAUUUGACGUUAAAACGACAUUAAAUAUCAGUGAUAUUACAUUUUAUCCAUCACAAACAACUCAUGGAUAUGAUUUAUAUGCUUCAUCAACAGAUAAAGAAGAUAUACUCUUCCUUAAUUUAGCUACAGGUAAAGUAGAAAUGAUAACAGGCGUUGGAAAAGCAAUGCCGAUGAAUUUAACAAAAUGGGGUAAUCCAAACAGGGCAAUUGUCCAAAGUGGUAUAUUUGGACGUUAUAUGGUGAGUCCAUCGAAUGAAGCUCUCUUUGUAUUAAAUGGAGAGACACGAACGGUCAACUGUGAAAUCGGUGGUCUUGUACAUCCGGGUCAAGUUGUGUGGUUCACAGUAGCACUUCAUUAGAAUUUAAUUGCUCUAUUAUUUAAAUAAUAUUUCCCGAUAAAAAAAAAUUUUAUUUAUUUUAAAAAACCAAACAAGUGGCCUCGAAUUGUCUUUUGAAAAUAAAUAAAAUAAAAUAAUAAAUAAUAAUAAUAAUAAUACUUAAAAGUAAAUAAGAAAUUAAAGACGAUGAGGAUUUUAAAUUUAUGGGAACCAUUUUUUUCGUUCCUAAUGUAAGAAAAAAUUUUUCAUAAAAUAAUAAUAAAUGUCAUUUGCCAUACAAGACCAUUGCCACUGUGUAAAAUCGUUCGUAAAAAAAAAAAAAAAGAAAAGAAAAACAAGAAAAGACAAAAAAAAAUAUCAUUCUUAUAUUAAAUGUAUAAUUGAUAUAUAAUUAUUAAGACCCACCGUACACAAUAACUAGAAAUAAAAAUUAAUAUUAUUAUGUAAUGUUAUUGAUAACGUUGUUACGCAAUUAUUGUAAGAUGUACUUGAUAUAGCAUUUUUAUGAAACAAACAAAAAAGGAAAAAAAAAUCUACUUGCCCCAAAUAUAAAUUUAAGUAAUUUCUCGUCUUUUUAUCCAAUUAAAAAUUAAUAAUUAUUCGUAUAAAUAAUUAUAAGCGGUCAUGAAUUCCGUAAAAUUAUUUAUGCACGAGUAAUUAAUUAUUUAAACUGAAUUACAUUUAUUUGUAAUUUAAUCUAGCUCCUGCAAACUAAUGUUAUUAUUUAUCAAAAUCUCUUUUUGACAUUAUUUCGCUCG